CAAUUAGUCUUUCUAACACUUUGUUAGAAUAAUGUCAUAUCAAAUUUUCUAUAGUAAUUAGUAUAAUAUAAUCAUUGCGAUUUUAGUUAUUAUUAAAAUUACGCGCUACGUUUAGAUUUUAAAAGAAAGACGGUCGAAAAGAUAUAAAAUAAAAUUAAUUGUAAUGGCGGAUGAGAUAAUAAUAGAAAAUUCGGACCAAACUGACAGUUCAACAAAUGCUGCAGACAGUGAGGAGGAAGAGUUAGAUCAAUUAUGUGAGGAAGUACUCGAAGUAUCACAUCAGGAAAUAUAUGAGGAAGUACAAUAUAUUGGCGAACCUCCUUGGAUAGGGAUAUAUAUAAUCAAUAAAUUGAAAGAUCGGAUUUUUUACCCAGAAGACGGGAAACUCGAUCUUAAUAACACGAAUUCUUUUCUGUGUUUCUUAUCAAAGCAGAGCGUAUUUGGAGAUGUGAAAUUGUUUCUUAUAGAACAUAAUUUCUUCUGCAUGGCAAAGUAUUUAUUGAAAAAUGAUCCAUAUUUUGCGACAAUUAAGUUUGUUUUACGUAUUAUUAUCAAUUUAUGCUAUAUUAACGAAGUGAUAGAUGUAAUAGCCACAAGCAGAGAAUUUAUUAGAAUAAUCUUAUCUUAUCUGCAAAAGAGCGAAGGGGAUCAGGAAGUAUUAACAAACAUUAUAAUAUUGUUACAAUUAGCGGCAUGUGAAAUUCAGAUAAAUCCUGAGUCAGAAUGGAUAGUUCGUUUCAACGAAUGUAAAUUUUUCGGAGGGAGAAUAAUCUUCCUACUAAAAUCUUCACAAUUUCGGCUUGGUAUGGAAAUAGUACAUUUGAUUGAAUGUAUACAAGAAAUAAAUUUGCCAGACCAAAUCAGUUUCUUUGAACAGCUAUUUGAUAUUGAUUUAUUGAUUCCUGCUAGGCAAUUAUUUCUCACACACGUCAUACUGGACUACAAUGGGUUAAUGUUUUCAAAAGACGAAUAUUUUAUCGAAACUUUUUUACUGUUUCUAAUCAUACGACGAAUGGAAGUCGGAACUGACAAAUAUAUAACUGAUCGUUUUAACUUGGUUACAUCGAACUUUGGGAAUGAGAAAUUACAUCAAAAAUUUGUUAAUGACAUUUAUUUAGUAAACAUUGAUAAAUGUAUUAGAUUAUUAUACCAAAUUGUGGAAAUGUUACUGAGAUGUCUGUAUAUCCCAAAAAUAUAUGGAGGAACUACAAAUUACUUAAAUGGUCUUCUGUUAAUGAUUUUAGUCAUUUUAGAGCGAGCAAAAGAACUACAGUUAUCAGGAAAAACAUAUUUAAAUAUGCAAAAGUUAAAGAAGCUCUUGAAUAUAUAUCGGUUGCAUAUUUUUAGACAAUAUACUUGUAAACAGAUUGGAUAUAUAUUGAUGAAUUUAAUGAAAAAGGACGAAAUUUUUGAAUACUUAGCUAAUUGUAUAAAACGAGAUUUCAAUAUGAUACCUGAGUUGUGUGAAAAAAUGAAAAAUGUUCUAAUCGCAUGUCAUGAAAUUCAUAAUUAAU